GCCCAAUUGUACUGUCAGUCAAUUUUGUAGAAAAGAACAAUGAUUUUGUUUUGAUGUGAAAAAAGUUGUCGUUUUUAAUUUGUUUAAAAUAUGGAAGUUUUCCAAACUGAUAAUUAUUAUAUAUUUGUUAAACGUAAAAAAAGUCUUUGGUGGAAUCGUACCACAUCUGAAUUUUCAAUCAAAGCAGGAUGGGACUUAUCAUCAGUGGAUGAUAUUGAAUGCAUUGGAAUAACUCAUGGAAUAAUAGGUGUUAUUUCGCUAUCUGGCGUCUAUGAGCCACAUCUGGUGAUAGUAAAAGAAGCUACUCCAGUUGGAGUACUUUAUUCACCAAACCUGGUGUAUAAAGUCAAAAGUAUUUGUAUAUUAAGUUCAGAUCCUCCGGAUAGCACUCUUACGUCAUGUACAAGACAUAACCAAAAUAAAACUCAAACAACUCCCACACAUAAGCCAAAGAUAUUUGAGGGUAGUCAGUUGAUGAAUAAAACCUGGGGUGCUGUAAAAAGUGCUGGAACUUCUAUUAAAAAUACUACACAACAAGCCGCAGCUAAAGCUUCAAAUCAGGUUAAAUCAUCAGUUGGUAUUAGAGAUCCAGGCCGCAUUGAGAAACGGAUCACUGAAGAAUUGCACAAGGUUUUUGAUGACUCGGAUAGUUUUUAUUUUUGUUUCGAAAGUGACAUUACAAAUAACUUGCAACGACAUAAUGAUGAUACUGAUGAUUAUGACGAAAGAUUUUUCUGGAAUAUGCAUAUGAUUUCGGAUUUAAUUAAAUUAAAUGACAAAACAUGGAUUCUACCAGUUAUUCAAGGAUUUGUACAAGUUGAGCAAUGUGUGAUUGGAAACGAAUGUUUCACGUUAGCUUUAGUAUCACGUAGAUCGCGUCAUCGUGCUGGUACUAGAUACAAGCGCCGUGGUGUAGAUGAAACUGGUAAUUGUGCUAAUUAUGUUGAAACCGAGCAAAUUCUCUCAUUUCGUCACCAUCAGCUAUCUUUUACACUAGUUCGCGGUUCAAUUCCAGUUUAUUGGAGUCAACCUGGUUACAAAUAUCGGCCACCACCCAGACUUGAUAAACCCGAAGUCCAAACACAGGAGGCAUUUGAAAAGCAUUUUUUAAAAGAACUUUCCAUUUAUGAUGGUGUAUGCAUAGUUAAUUUAAUCGAACAAAGUGGAAAGGAGAAAAUCAUUGGAGAUGCUUUUGCCAAACACGUAGUGCAAUUUAAUAACGAUCAACUUGUAUACGUAACUUUUGAUUUCCAUGAUUAUUGUCGUGGAAUGCGAUUUGAAAAUGUUUCAACUCUUGUAGAAGCACUUGCACCUGAAGCCGGAGCAAUGGGUUUUCACUGGCGAGACUCGCGAGGUGUUAUUUGCAACCAAAAAUCAAUAUUUCGUAUUAACUGUAUGGAUUGCCUUGAUCGCACAAAUGUUGUUCAAACAGCUAUCGGAAAAGCUGUGCUUGAAUCACAAUUGGUCAAAUUGGGAUUAUCACCUCCAUAUUCCCCAAUACCGGAACAGUUAAAAGGUCCAUUUAUGGUUCUGUGGGCAAAUAAUGGUGAUAUAAUAAGUCGACAGUAUGCUGGUACUAAUGCAUUGAAGGGCGACUACACACGUACUGGGGAACGUAAGUUGGCUGGAAUGGUCAAAGAUGGAAUGAACUCUGCUAAUCGUUAUUAUCUUGCACGGUUUAAGGAUACGUACAGGCAAGCCACAAUUGACUUAAUGCUUGGAAUUCAAGUAUCACCAGAAUCUUUAAACGCCUUAGGGGGCCACCAGGCCCCAGACGACACCGAUGCUUUGGAAGGUGCAGAGCACGCAAAGUUGCUUGUGGAAGAUUGUCGUAGGCUAUUACUAGGUGCUGCCCAGUAUCCAAUCGGAUCAUGGGGUUUGAUCGAUGCGGAUCCAAAUUCGGGAGAUAUUAAUGAAACUGAAGUAGAUGUUAUAUUAUUGCUAACUGAUGAUUGUUAUAUUGUGGCUGAUUACGACUCUCAUCUAGAUAAAAUUGUUCGAUUUGAAAAAGUUAGUCUUCAAAAUAUAACAUUGAUCGAACUAGGAAUGUAUCAACAAACGAAAAUAUUUCAAGGCACUGCUCCAGCUUUGCUUUGUAUACGUUUAAAUUAUAUGGUUGAUGGUACAGAUGGAUAUUUUCAUAUGUUUCGAUCUGCAAAUAUUCGUUUCUUUAAUAAUGUUGCAGUAGUUAUUAAGACACAAGAAGAAGUAUUAGAAUCCCUUAUGUCUAUUGUUGAAUUUUUCAAAGUAACAUUGAAUAACAUCGGUAAAAAUGAUGUUCAGUAUAUUACAGGAGGGAUGCUACAAAGGAGAAAAAGUAAAGUUCCAUUGUUGGAUGUUCCCAAGGGUAUGCAUCGCAAUCUUUCCGAGUCACAGCUUGUUCAAUUGAGCUCCAAGGCAUUCAGCAAUGUAGCAGGCCAGUUUUCCAAACUUGGACAAAGUCUUAAUCCAAAUAAAGAGAAGUCAUCUCCAUCAUCUCAGCCAAUAAACAACUUAGCACAAUUUAAUUCGAAAUCCAACCAACCCGUUGAUUCAUGUAUAGAAGCUGAAAAGGCAAUAUUUUCUGUAGGACCUUGUAAAAAAGGAACAAAAGGUUCUACAACAAGUUCCGAUUCUGAAGACAACGAUAAUAGUAUUUAUGAACCUGAUUUUGAAAGUGGUGAAAUGGCUGAAAUAGCAUUAGCAGAGAAAUCCUGUUUCAAAGAGAAUGAUUUCUUACCUAGUGUGGGCAUAGUCAUGGGUCCCAGUGUCGAGCAAUCAAUAACAUCAAAUAUUAAUCAACUCGAAGUAAAAGACAACAUAGCAAAAAUGUCUGAAGAUGUUCUUACGAUUUCAAUAACAUCUGUAACUGACCAUGUAACGCUUCCAGCAGGUCUUUUAGAAAAUGCUGCACCAGUGCGAACUCGAACUCCGACACCUGAGAUACGUAUUCAAGAAACUACUAACGACGAUAAAAUAUCUGAAGAAAAAGUAACUACUCCUGAGGAACAACAAUCAAGAUCAACAUCAAUCAAGGAUCUAUCGUUGCCAGUAGAAUCGGCAUCGCUAACGGAUUCUUCUUUGAAGCAAUUAAAAACAAUGACCAGUCCCCUGUCUAAACUUGCUAAAGGGGUACAGAGCUUUGGCAUGAAUUUAGAUCCACGUAAAAUUGGGAAGAGUGGAGUACUUUCACCAUCUCAAGUUUCUUCAGCGGAGAACUCACCACCCGAAUUGCAACGAUCUGUAGCAUACCGAGAUAAUUUGGAGAAGAUGUGGACGGAAAAUAAAUGUCGUACUAAGCUUAUUGCUCUGUGAAUGUAAACGUUAUAAAUAUAAACAACUAAUUACAUAAUAUAUUGUAUUAACCCGAAAAAAAAACUAGCCCGAAAAAAAAAACUAUCCCAAAAAAGUGAUGUUACUUUAUGCUGUAGGUUUUAAUUUAUGUGCUUUGUAUUAGUAAAUUAAACACAAAUAAACAUGACAAAAUAAUAAAACAUUUAAA